AGGUUUGGAUGCUUUGUUCCGAACUCAGUACAGCUUCGAAAAUGGCAGAAAAACGAUAUUCUUACAUUGAUGAGGAAAUCGAUAUAAAACCGUCUACUGAAUUAAUUCCUGAUGAGUACGAACAUAAAUUGAACGAGAAAAUUGAUGUGCAUUUAUUUAGAUCUUUUACCUAUGAUGGGCAAGCAAAUUUGAUAGAAACGCUAAAAUCAAUCGAUCUUAACUUGGAAGAAAACAUUCAUGAUGUGAAAGAUGAAGAGACCUUAGAAAAAAAAUUAACAAACAUUAAAGAGGAGUGCCAAAAUAAAGAUGGAAUUAUGUUGAUAUUUAAUUUUUACUGGGAAGAAAAAGGCAAAAUUCACUUUAAAGGUUCGGAUUAUGAUGUUACAAAAAUAUGGCAACAAUUUACGACGAAAAAUUGCCCUUCUUUAAAAAACAAACCUAAGAUAUUUAUUUUUGCUCUGGAAUAUAAAGAUACUGGUACUGAUGGUGCGAGCCAUUUUACAAAAACUAUGGAUGAUACUUAUGACACUCCAUCUGAAGCGGACAUUUUAAUAGUAUACAGUGCUGCUAUCCAUGGAUAUGCUAAAGAUUUCUUGGAAAACCUAAGCUAUAACAUCAAAGAAUACGGAAAAUCGGAAGACCUCUUAACUUUGGUAGCGAUUACGGACAUGUCACCAAGACCGGUGUGCAUUUCCACAUUAACCAGAAAAUUUUACACCACAGUUAACUCUGAAAGAGGUCACCAGUUGUACAUUAACGAAAGUGCAGCGGAUAUUUUGCAUGCUUUGGAAAACAUUCACGGAAGAAUCGCUGAACUUGAAGGUAUAAAUUAUAAUUUCCUGAUUGGUCAGGAGGAAAUUAAGAAGAAAGAUAAAAGGAAGUUCAGCUUUAGGAAUUUCAUAGGGAGCUCGUCAAAAAAAGAGGAGAAAAAGGAUAGGAACAAAGAGAAAAUUAAAGAAGGAAAAAUUGCAAAUCAUGACGCUCCAACUAAAGAUACGAGGAAUGGUCAACCAAGUAUCGAACCAAAUUCGAUGCCCGGUACGUCGAAAAAAGAUAAACUUGAAGAAGAAAAUAUACAAGGUCAAGCUAUAAAGAAUCGUCGAGCAAGUAACGAACCCAGAAAAAGACUUCCUUCUGUGAAUAGUGAUUUUCCAAAAAAAAUUCCGGAUAGAAAAUUAUCUGAUUGCAAAGCCAAGCCACCGCCAUGGAAGUAAUGAGUUUUAAAUUCUUUUAAAACUUAAUACCUACUUUUUUCCUCACUAAAAAUAUCAAUCUAUUUCUUAUUUUUUUCUUCAAAAUUAAACUAUUUACUUAUUUACUCAUAAAGAACACUAAAAAUUGUAAUCAGAGUUGAAUAAAUAUUAUUAUUAUUA